AUGACCCGCCUUCGACUUCCCUCGGCGACGACGACCAAGGCCAAGGCUAAGACGGCGGAGACUGCUGGGAACGCCGUGCUGAACGACUCGACGACGUCAACGGCGUCGGCGGCGUCGGUGCGGUCGACGACGUCAUCGUCGGCGGCGCCCCGGCGGCGUCGGCCCAAGACGUCGUCAGGCCGCCCGCGGACGGCGCCGGCGCGCGACAGCGGCGCGAGCAGCAACGCGGCGCGGGCCAACAUCCAGGUCGCCGUCCGUUGCCGGCCGUUCUCGCAGGACGAGCUGACCAAGUCGGACACACCGAUCCUCAAGUUUACCUCGCCCAACUCGCUCCUCCUCCGUCAGUCCAAGACCAAGGGCUCGAAGCAGUACACCUUUGACCACGUGUUCGAUCCGGAGACCGACCAGGCCGCCGUCUACGAGGCCGUUGUUGCCCCGUCGGUUGAGCAGGCGCUCUGCGGCUACAACUGCACCAUCUUUGCCUACGGCCAGACCGGAACCGGCAAGACGUUCACCAUGGAGGGCCGCCGCGACCCCGAGUCUGGCUCGUUCGAGGGCUGCGCCCAGGCCGGCAUCAUCCCGCGGACCAUCUCGUCCAUCUUUGACGUCCUUGAGUCGUCCAACACCGAGUACUCGGUCCGUGUCUCAUACCUCGAGAUCUACAAUGAGGAGCUCCACGACCUGCUCGGCAUGACCGUCCCGCCGCCGCCUCUGCGCAUCUUCGAGGACCCCAAGGCAUCGACGCCCGGCUCGAUGACCGUCCAUAAUCUGGAGGAGGUGCCUGUCACUUCGGCCGCCGACAUCUAUCCUAUCCUCGCCCGCGGCCAGGCCAAGCGCCAGGUCGCCGCCACCAAGAUGAACGCCUCAUCGUCACGCUCGCACGCUAUCUUCUCCAUCACCCUCCACAUCAAGGAGUCCAACGCAGAGGGCGAGGACCUGCUCAAGGUCGGCAAGCUCAACCUCGUCGAUCUCGCCGGUUCCGAGAACAUUGCCCGCUCCGGCGCCCAGUCCAAGCGCGCUCGCGAGGCUGGUCUCAUCAACCAGUCGCUCCUCACCCUCGGCCGCGUCAUUAAUGCCCUCAUCGAGCGCCGCCCGCACAUCCCCUAUCGCGAGUCCAAGCUCACCCGCAUCCUGCAGGACUCACUCGGCGGAACGACCAAGACCUGCGUCAUCGCCACCGUCUCGCCGUCCGAGCUCAACUUUGAAGAGACGCUCUCCACCCUCGACUACGCUUCGCGCGCAAAGACCAUCGUCAACACCCCCGUCGCCAACCAGCGCAUGACCAAGCGCGUCGUCCUCACACAGUACAUCAAGGAGAUCGAGUCGCUUAAGAACCAGCUCCAGGCUGCUCGCGAGGCCUCAGGCGUCUACCUCCCGCUCGACCAGUACGAGGCCCUCAACUCGCGCAUUGAGGAGCUCGAGGAGGAGCUUGCCACCGCCACCCAGGCCGUUGAGGAUGGAUCGGCCAAGAUCACCGAGCUGGAGGGCUCGCUCGCUACCACCUCCGCCAAGGUUGCCUCGCUCGAGGCUUCGCUCGCCGCCACCCUCGCCGACCUAGCGUCGACGCAGUCCGAGCUUGCCGCCACCGCUGCCGACCUCUCCGCUACCACCGCCAAGCUCGACGAUGAGACUCAGUGGUCGGCCACACUUGCCACCCACGGCAAUCACCUCGUCUCGCGUGGCGAGGCGCUCCGCACCACUCUCACCGGCUCGCUCGGUGACCUCGCAGGCACCCACACCAAGAUCGAAGCCUUUGCCGCCUCGGCCACCGCCAACGCUGCUGCUCUCGCCUCGUUUCAAUCCUCCGCCGCAACGGCCUCCUCCGACUUUGCUGCCGUCCUCGCCUCGGUCAAGGCCGACUCGACCUCGCGCUUUGACGCUCUCGCCUCGUCUAUCGCUGCCGUCCGCGACGCAUCUACCGCCUCGCACGCGACUGCCUCCUCCUCGCUCGCGGCCAUCGCGUCUACUCUUGCCUCGUCGACCGCAGACUCGCUCGCCAUUGUCGCCGCACAGCAGGCCUCCAUCACUGCUGCUGUAGACUCGGCCUCCGGCUCGGCCACUGACGCACACACCGCCGCCACUGACGCCCUUGACACCGUCACCGCACGACUCGAGUCCAACCAGGAGACGAUGGCGGCGCUCCUCGCUGCACAGUCCGCCUCGCAGUCGGCCAUGGCCUCGCUUCAUGCCAACCUCAUUGCCUCGGUCUCGUCAGCUCUUACUUCGUUCGAGUCCUCGCUCGAGUCCUCGCUCACCAGCCUCUCUGCAUCCGUCACCUCGUCCAUUGACUCCCUCACUGGCCGCGUCGCCUCGCAGGACGCCGCGCUCGACGAUCUGCAGUCCCACCUCCAGAGCCAGAUCGAGGCCCAGACCAAGGACGCGCUUGCCUCGUUCACUUCGGUCCUCAACGCUGCCGCUUCCUCGCUGGCUGCUGACCUUGCGUCCAAGACCACCGCGCUGCGUGCCACCCACGCCGACACCGCCUCGGCCAUCGUCGAGACCCGCGAGACCCUGACUGCGGACAUUGCUGUCGUCUCGGACCUUGCCGCAGACCUCUCGCACAACGUCACUGCCGGCAUGGUUGGCGACGCUGCCACCGCCGCCUCGGAUGCCGCUGCAGAUGCUGCCGCAGACGCCGCCGCCGCUUCGACCGCAGGCCUCGAGACCGCCACCGCCGAUAUGGCCACCGACCUCGACAGGCUGCGCGCUUCGCUCGAAGCGGGCGCCUCCGAUGUCGCCACCGCCAUCACCGCCGCCACUCCGUGCCUUGACGACGUCGUGGCUGCGGUCGAGUCCACCGCGGCUACCGCAACCGACGCGCUGGCUGCGGCCCGCGCCGACCUCGACACCGCUGUCGACCACCAGGACAAGAUGUGGAAUGAGCUCUCGGUCGAGCCCGCCCAGGCUGCAGCCGAGGAUGCCGUGGCCGCCACCGUGAGCCACGCCGAUGACCUCGCCACCGCCAUCGCCGACUUUGCCUACAACCCGCUCGCUCCCACCGGCGCGACUCCAGCCAAGGCUGACAUGGCCAACUGGGCCAUCGGCUCGCCGAUGACUCCGAUGCCGCGCCGUACCCCGGCUCACUCCGACCUCGCCGCGUCACCGUCCGCCCCGGUCCCGGCUCAUACCCCGGUCGCCUCGCUUGCGCCUGCGUCCGCUCCGGCCUCGCCCGCCACUGCCCAGGACCCCACCGUCGCUGACAAGGAGAACCCGCCCGCCACGCCCGCCGCCAAGCUCGCGACCGAUGCCGAUGUCGAUGCCGAUGCCGAUGCUGAUGCUGAGCUCUCUACCGACGCUAACGCCGAGUCGGACGCGGACGACGCUGUUGCUCGCAAGGCUCUCGCGCCUGCCGACACCAACUCACCGCGGCCGCGCCGCACCCGCCGCUCGGCGCGAACCUGA